CCUUCUGGUGGUUAUAAUAUUCAAGAAGCUCAGCCCUGGCGAGAACCCCUUUAACAACGGGAGUGUUUCGUCCGUGUUGUUGAGGUUAACUAUCUGGACUUUAUUUGUCUGUCUGUGGACGAUUUUGUUGAGCUAGCUAGCUAGCUACAUUUGUUAUAUUUAUCAGCAUCAGAGGAAUUGAUCUAGUGUGACUCAUGUCGUCGCUACUAAAACCGUUUUCGGUAACGGACGGACCGUGUGAGACCAGUGGUCUAAGACAAGAAUGCUCCACCGUUCCUGCGCCGCAUCCCCAGUCUCUGACCUGCAAUCAGCAUGUUGGUACCAGUACUCGAACUGUCGUUGCUGCAUCGAGUUCUUCUCCGAUCUACCAGUCGUACUCGGCCAGAAGGACGCUGGCGGCCGCUUCAAUCGGAGGGAGAAAAAUCACCCAUCCUGGAAAAGCCAUUCUUGCAGGUGGUAUUGCGGGGGGUAUAGAGAUUUGCAUCACCUUUCCUACAGAAUAUGUCAAGACCCAGUUACAGCUGGAUGAGAGGGCUAAUCCACCACGAUACAGAGGCAUAGGAGACUGUGUGAAACUGACAGUGCAGGACCAUGGUCUUAGAGGUCUGUAUCGUGGCCUUAGCUCCCUGCUCUACGGAUCCAUCCCCAAGUCUGCAGUAAGGUUUGGGACGUUUGAAGUGCUUGCCAACCCAAUGCGGGAUGCCACCGGUCGCCUAGACAACACGCGGAGCCUCUGGUGUGGUUUGGGGGCUGGGAUAGCCGAGGCCAUCAUCGUAGUUUGUCCAAUGGAAACCCUCAAGGUGAAGAUGAUCCAUGACCAGUGUUCCCUCCAGCCGCGCUACCGAGGGUUUUUCCAUGGUGUCAGAGAGAUCAUCAGAGACCAGGGUGUGCGGGGAACCUAUCAGGGUCUGACUGCCACUGUGCUGAAACAGGGAUCCAAUCAGGCCAUCAGAUUCUACGUGAUGAACUCUCUGCGCAACUGGUACAAAGGUGAUGACCCCCAUUGUGAGAUGCACCCCAUCGUCACAGCGAUGUUUGGAGCGACUGCAGGGGCUGCCAGUGUGUUUGGGAACACCCCUCUGGAUGUGGUCAAGACCAGGAUGCAGGGAUUAGAGGCUCAUCGCUACACAAGCACGGUGGACUGUGCUUUUAAGAUUCUGAAGAACGAGGGACCACAGGCGUUCUACAAGGGCACAGUUCCCAGACUGGGCCGGGUGUGUUUGGAUGUGGCCAUAGUCUUCGUUCUCUAUGAGGAAGUGGUCAAACUGCUCAACAACGCCUGGAAGACCGAAUGAACCAAUCAGGGCGCAGCAGAGAGGAGAGUAGGCGGGUAGGAGCAGACAGACGACCAAUCCCAGAGCGGCCCCUAACCCCCUGACCCAAUAUCUGAAUGAGAUGAGAUACAGUAAGAUGAGUCACAAUUUAGCUUCAUAUGGCCUGUCUAGAUUAUAGAGCUGGCACCAUGGACAUACAUUCCCUGUUCAUUUCAAUGAUUGGCUCUGUGUGCAGCCGACCAUCUGAUACUGUCAGAUAGAGCCCAGGUCUUCCUUCGAUCGGGAUUGGUUGUCUCUCUCGGCUCUAAACAGGUGUGGACCAAACCCCCCCCCCCCCCCCCCCCCCCCUGGUUCCAGCUAACCUCUCACCUCUCAGCCUACAGUAGACUGAGUAUAGUAUGGGGAACCAAAUGGCUUGACCAAGGGGCACUUCAAAGAUCAGCGUGGGGGUGGGGGAUCUGUGCACACUCGUGCCCCUGAACAAACGUGGGUGGGUGGAGGGAGGGAUAGAGGAAAGAUCUAGAAGACGGUGAGGGGAAACUGGUGGGGUGGAGGAGAGAGGUUAGCCUAGACCGUGUCCAACGCACAACGACAUCAGAAAUGUGUCUGUUCAUCAAGCUUUCCAUGGGCCUCUUCACUGGAGGUGAGCAACUUCUCUGUCAAACCAUGCAAGUGUCUUCUGAUUCACCCCGCUCUUACACAGAACAUUCUAGCAAAACGAAAGAGACAUUACCUGCAGCUGCUCAGCAAACGUCAAUCUGGAUUAGAGUUUUAUCGGGCACAGAUUAAUCCUAGUGUGAAAACGAAGAAUCCAUAUAUAGCAUAUUUCCAAAACUGCUUAAUCUGUGUUGUAGAUAUAAUCUACCUUUUCAUUGCUCUUCAGUUUGAUGGAUCUUUAAAGGAUUUCUUGUAUUCACACAUACGGCUGUUUGUGCACAUGUACCUGGUGUGUUAAUUGCCAUGUAGCUUGGGUGAGAGGGUCACUUCUCAUGUAAUGCAUGUUUGGGGAAAAAACUGCAUAACCCUAGCAUAAUGUAGCUAAACAACAUCCAUCUUUUCCCAGGUUGUCUUGGUAAUGCACUUAAAGCUACUGUUCAUUGCAGGGUUAGGGGUCAAUUCUGUUUACAUUAGCCAAGUCAGCAAUUUUGUCUGAAUUUAAUGGUCUAAAAUAUCAUUUAUUGAAAUGAUUGCAACAGAAUUGAUUCCAAUCCGGGUUCAAUGUAUUACUGCUGUCACUAUAAACUGUGGUGUCUUUUCUGCAUAUGUCAUGUCUGUGGAUGUAGGACAGCAGAAUUGGGCCAGAGGUCUAAUGAAUCACAUUUGUUGAAGUUUACACUUAAGGGACGGUUCCGGUGGACCGGGUGCACCAAAUCAAUGUCAACUCUAUGUACCAGGCUGUUUAGGAAGGACUUAGAGAAUCAGGCUGUAUGUUCUGUAGUACCUGGUUUGUGCUAAGUGACCUGCUGUAGCGUUGCUAUACUGUACCUAGCGAGCAAUCUGGUCUGCUGCAGCUUUCCUAAACACCCUCCAGUAAAGUGAGACAACUGUUAUUUUCCUUCUUGAAAUAGAUCUUUUGUGAUGUGAAAUUUCAAGCUAACCCAUCAAAACAAUCUAUUUGCAAUCUAAAAGCUGUACAUAUAGCACAGAGGCUUGCUUGAUAUCGUUCUUGUACAGUCCAGGGUAAAGUAUGAGGCGCUACUGUACUUCUGGCAAUAGAUGUUCCAGCGUUAGCCUAACUGCUGUGGAUAGGUUUGGUCCAAAGACAAGCCCCUCAGCCCAGGUCCUCUGUACAACAUACCUUCAAGUUUCCCUGCCCAACCCCAGUCACCAGAAGAUAUCUCCCAUGCUAAAACAACCCUGACAGUCCACAGAUUCAAUUCAUAUUAAAGUUCACAUACUGAGGGCACUAAGAGAAUACUUGUCUUAUACUGUACUUUUGUCUUUUUUGAACAAAUGCACAAUUUCCAAUUGUUGAUUGAUGGAUUUAAAUGUUUUUAUAUAAAUAUGUCUGCACUGUCUGGUCACAAAAAAUUCGAGUGAAUAUAAUCCAAUACAUUUAGUUGGUCAUUUACUUGAUCUGGAUUCGUACAAAUAUCUCCCCACUAAGGUCAUAGCUGGGCCAACAGACUGUGACAGAUCAAACAUCCAAUCAAUGCCCAGGAUAGUUGACUGACCCCCAUCAAGUGGAUUGCGACAUGCAGGCUUGAGCUCAAUAGAUCAGAUUAACAUAACACAAAACUGCUAUUCAUCUGCUUCUAAAUAAACUUGUAACUAAA